CUCACUCACUCUCUGCCCUGCACUAGUUCACCGCUUUCACUCCCCCGACCUGCAGCCUCCGUUUGAAGCUGGCUGGCCGCUCUGCUCCUCGUCUGAAAGAAAGCAGAAAAGAUAAAUCCCAGGAUUUGGACCCGGCUGCAGGGCUGCACCACGACGGGCUCGAAAACAACGGAGCGUCGACAGAAAGGCAGGCAGUUAGUGCAGAAGUAGACACCAUGUCCGCCCCCACAGACCCAGAGGUGAAGGAACUGAACCCUGUCGACUUCAUCCAGCUUCAGCAGUAUAUUGAAUACUGCAGCUUGAAGGUGAAAGACGUGCUGAGGGAAUUUGAUAAAGACGGCCGGCUGGCCCAGCACAGACAUGGAGAGUGCAUCAAUGAGGAAGGCUUUCGUGAGUUCCUAAAAACCUACCUAGAAGUGGAUUUCCCUUCGGAUCUCUGCCAGCGACUUUUUCGCUCCUUCCAAAACUCUGAACCCACCCAGGAAGACAGCACCAAGGAGGUCUUCCUCAAGGAUGUUUCAUGUUAUUUCUCUCUGCUGGAAGAUGGCCAACCCAGGGACAAACUAGAGUUUGCUUUUAGGCUUUAUGACAGAGAUGGCAAUGGAGUCCUUGACAGCUCUGAAGUAGAUCGAAUUAUUGCUCAAAUGAUGCAUGCCGCUGAAUAUCUUGACUGGGACGUGUCCGAACUUAAACCUGUGCUGAAGGACAUGAUGACAGCCAUUGAUGCCGACUGCAGCGGCACAGUGUCUCUGGAUGAGUGGGUAGAAGGAGGCAUGAACAACGUCCCUUUGCUCGUCUUGCUGGGUCUGAAGAUGAUACAAAAAGACGGGCAGCACCUCUGGAGGAUGAAAAAUUUUAACAAGCCUGUGUACUGCAACGUGUGUCAGAGCAUGCUGCUGGGUUUGAGGAAACAAGGGCUGUGCUGCAGCUGCUGCAAAUAUACAGUUCAUGGGCGAUGUGCUAACAAGAACCCAGCUCCCUGCGCCAGGACGUAUGUAAAGUCAAAGAAAGAAACGGGGGUUCCAGUGCAUGACUGGGUGAGUGGGAACUGUGAUUCUAGAAAGUGUGAUAGAUGCCAAAAGAAGAUCAAGAGCCUCCAAGGUCUCACAGGGAAACACUGUGUGUGGUGCCAUACGAUGCGUCAUGAUGAAUGUGCAGCCCUGGAGCCAACAGAGUGUACCUGUGGGACUCUCAGAGACCACAUCCUGCCUCCAUGGGCCAUAUAUCCUGUUAUAAAGGAGAGGCCAAACAAUAUGAAAAACGGCUGCUCAGGGUCAACAGAUGACGGUGACCUCAAUAUUACUCCUGACGGACAAGUGCUUCAGAUCAGCCCUGUGCCAAACACCCAUCCUCUUCUGGUGUUUGUCAACCCUAAAAGUGGUGGCAAGCAGGGGGAGAGAGUCCUGCGUAAAUUUCAAUAUUUACUGAAUCCAAGGCAGGUGUACAACCUUUCAAAUGGCGGCCCUGGCGCAGGACUGAGUUUCUUCAGAAACCUUCAGGACUACAGAAUCUUGGUGUGUGGUGGAGACGGCACAGUUGGAUGGAUUCUAGAUGCAAUAGACAAAGCCAACCUGCUGGUACGGCCUCCAGUUGGCGUCCUUCCUCUGGGAACAGGAAAUGAUCUUGCGCGAUGUCUACGUUGGGGUGGAGGGUAUGAUGGUGAAGAUUUGGCUCGUAUUAUUAAAGACAUUGAGAGCAGCUCUCAGGUGCUGAUGGACCGCUGGAGUGUGCAGGUUAUACCAGAUGAGAUUCAGGAGAAGGGUGAUCCAGUGCCAUAUGAAAUCAUCAACAAUUACUUCUCAAUUGGAGUUGAUGCCUCCAUUGCACACAGGUUUCAUACAAUGAGGGAGAAGCAUCCUCAGAAAUUUAACAGCAGAAUGAAGAACAAGCUGUGGUAUUUUGAAUUCGCCACUUCAGAAACCAUCUCUGCUUCCUGCAAGAAACUCAGUGAAAGUUUAACCAUAGAGUGCUGUGGUACUCCUCUGGAUCUCAGUGGCCAAUCUUUGGAAGGGAUUGCUAUCCUAAACAUUCCCAGCAUGCACGGUGGCUCUAACCUAUGGGGUGAGACCAAAAAAGCAGAUACCAAGGGCCAAGCAAGUCAGGAAGAGCCUGAAGUGAUUAUCAAUCCAGAGAUCCUGAAAGUGACUUCUCAAGACCUCAGUGACCGCCGGCUGGAGGUAGUUGGCCUUGAAGGAGCCAUGGAAAUGGGACAGAUAUACACUGGGCUCAAAAGUGCUGUGAGGCUCGCUAAAACCUCCCAGAUCACCAUGAGGACAAAGAAAGCCAUGCCGAUGCAAAUAGACGGAGAGCCGUGGAUGCAGCCCCCCUGCACGAUUCAUAUCACCCACAAGAAUCAAGCGUGCAUGUUGAUGGCUCCUCCAGCCAAACCAUCAGGUUUCUUCAAAUAAAACUAACAGUCUUAAUGCAUGUUUACUGUAUAUUCAGGUCUGACACUUUUUGAUAUAGAAUCAGUGUAGGUUGUAGUAUAUUUACAGGGGUUGGACAAUGAUACUGAAACCUGGUUUUAGACCACAAUAAUUUAUUAGUAUGGUGUAGGGCCUCCUUUUGCCGCCAAUACAGCAUCAAUUCGUCUUGGGAAUGACAUAUACAAG